AUGCGAAAACGUAAGCUGGCCAAAGAAAAGAUUUUAGCGGCGGAACGAACGGAACGGAUACUUAAGUUUCUUCAAGAAAAUCGAGAAUGCCAGCCUGUUGAAGUCCCAAAGAAAAAAACUCCUGCUAUUCAAAAGAAAUCACUUCAAAAUGAGACAGGAUAUACGAAAAAGAAUCUCAAAUCAUGUAUAAUUGCAACUUCUUUACAGGAUCAGCGAUUGGCAGCCGGCGAGAAUAACCCUGUUGUCCGAAGAACUGGAAAGCAGCCACGCGACGAUGACGAAUGCCAAUUUAAUGCACCGGGUGUAUUUUUUCUAAAAGGACGAAAUGCAAACAUCAGCUGCCAGGAAGUUUACCUAAAGCCCACCAAGCCGAAACGGUUAGAAUUGAAGAAUAAAUGCGAUUACUUUCCGAAAUAUAUGGACCCGUCGCCAUUCAAGGAUGAAACCACUCAGACGCUAUAUAGGGAAUCCUCGGCGCAGACCUUGGCCUAUUUGCCAGAAAUCUAUGAUGAUGAUGAAGCCCGUACCCUAGAACUGUUCAUACUGCCCUCGGUUCUGCCGGGCGAUAAGCCUCCGGGUCUGUACGAAGUGGAAGUUUUCGAGCGGGCUCGUAGGCGUCAUAAAUUCUUGGAUGCACUGAAGUUGAAGAUUAACCAGCAACGACGUCAUGGCCAGAAGCUUGACUUUAAUCAGUACAAGACCAUGACGGAAGCUUUCGAAUGGGAGCACUGGAUGGAGCGAGAGGAGAGGAUCCAGGAGUGCCAGAUGAUGCGGCUAGAGAUCGUGAUCAAGAUGUUCGAUAAGAGGGAGAGGGAAAUGCAUGCCGCCUCCAAGACGCGUAUUGAACAAGGAUGCGAACUGAUCGAGAAGCGGCGAAAGGAGGCAUUGCGUAAGAAUGAAAUCGAGUAUCAGCGUGGUAUGCGCCGCAUUAGCAAACAGUUGGCCAAGACCUCGAUAAAGUGGCAGAAGCAGAAACCCAUGUACUCCCUGGGAUCGCCUUGCUCCGAUUUCUAUGCGCCACCCAUGAGAUACGGAGUGGAUCCAAACCGUCGAAACUUCAACUCGGUCACUAAUACACGCGCAUUUAACAUGAGAAUCGACGAGCUUGAAAAGCAAAUUAAUAUGCAAAUAAUUGAGUGUCCAUUCGCCAAAUUGAAGCAAUGGUCGCAGCCCAAGCAACGGAUCGCUGAAAUAGAGAAUCGUUUCUGCAAUGAGGAGCAUCUGGAUGAGCUCUACCAUUUGCUGAGGACACUAAGAGUCACCGAUGGAGGGCAGCAGCCCAAGCCCGAUUGUCUUAAAUUACUAUUUAAACAUACACCAAACCUACGGUCCAGGAUGUCACUGGUACAACCUAAAAGCUAUACCAAUCUCUAUGAGAGAAAUGCGUACACCGCACGAUCAACGUCAAGACCCACACAACAGAAAGCUGUUCAAGAACAGAAAAAUCAGCUAAGUUCCGAGUACGCCCAAAAACUUGCCAGGGAUGUGCAGAAAAACGACCUGAAAAGCAUGAUUUUGGCCUACGAAGGCAGUAUGAUUGGUUACAUGAUGCAGUUCCUCACCGACGAAAUGAAUCGCCUGAAGGAGCAACGCCGUCUGCACUUCUUCUCCCUAUUGGCGAGUAAAAAACGCUGGCAACUUGAAGCAGCCGAGGCGGGCCUGAGGCAGAAGGAGAACAGCAUUAGGCUGCUCUACGAGGAGAUGUUCCAGUAUACAAAUGCGGUUAGCACCGAUGUCAGUGAUCAGUAUGUGCACAGCAUUCUGACCGACGAUCUGGGUUAUAUGGCUGCCAACGAGGCGGCGGAAGCGGUCACGGAAAUGGCCAAGCAAAUUGAUAUGGACAUCGAACGAUGGCUCGAGAGUUUCAAGCUGAUACAAAAUCCCCUCAACUAUAUUCCACUUCGAUUGAUGCUGCACGACAUGGUCUGUCCGGAUCUGAAUGCUGCUCUGCAGCGUUAUGAGGCUACCAUGAUUGUGCAGUACAUAGUGGAAGAUGUGGUCUUUGAUGGAAUUUGGAAGGCACUCGAACCCUUUGAUAUAUCCAGCACACUGACUAGCGAUCUUAUCGAUCGACUCAUCGACAACGAUCUGUAUUUGUUCUCAUCGGAUAGUGAAAGCGAAACGCCACAGAAAACUGGCUGGUACGAAGCUCAUGCCAUAAUUCGAAAACUUAUUCGACAAUCGGUGCCUGGCAGACGUUGGAAGGAAGAAGCCGAACGAAUAGUUUAUGAAAACUAUAUUGAUCUGCUGGACAGUGUAUUUGAUGAAAUUUUGCAAAAAUUUGAAGCGCCAUCAAGAAUUGAGCCAGUUGUGGUGCAUCGAGCAUAUUCGCAUGAAAACCUUACCAGCAGCGCCAAUUUUCGAUUGGAAAAAGGUGUUUGGCAACAACUACCACAAACUGAAUCUGAUUUCAGUUACGAUCCCAGUACGAAGAUAAUUAAAAGACAAUUGUUAAGCCUUGAAAGAAAAAAUAGUAGUAGCACAGUUAAGGGUUUCUUCUCAGAUGAAAUCUACAAAGGAAGUCCACAAAAUUCUUUGGCAUCGAAGUUUAUUGGAACAGAUUCCGACGCCGAAGACGAUCCUUGGCCAUGGUUACCAGAUUGUAAGAGUCAAAGUUCAUCCCAGGAAUAACUAAUGGAUAUCAUGAAAAUAUUCAGAAUUUUACAGAAGAAAAACAAAGGAAAAUAAGGAACUUUAGCUUAUAAUAAGAUAGGCUCAUAUUUUUUUGUAAUUUGUCUUACAACCAUCUACGUUAUGUAUAUUUUUAAUAAAUAUCGGGCCAUAUGU